UUUUGACGUAUGCGCUUGAGCAAACGAGAAGGUGAAAAUUUCCAUCAAAGCGCAGCCCCAAAAGACAAGAACUCGCUGACUCCUCCCGACUUAAAUUCGUUCUGUUCUUCGAGUGUCCUGCCAAAAACAAGCCCUUCCGGCCGUGAUAAUCCGUUCCAGUGUAUCCGAUUCGGUGAUAGAAGUGUGCAUUUAUCCGGGCUGUAUUGUUUCCGACUUUCCAAACUAAACAAGCAAAAUGUCUGCUCCAGAAGGAUCUUUUCCUAAAUUACCGCCCCCACCGACCGGUAGCACCCAGCCGGCGUCUUCCAACAGCGCCCAGAAUGCGGCAGCCAACAACAAGCUGAAGCAAACGCAGGCCCAGGUCGACGAGGUGGUCGGCAUCAUGCGGGUCAACGUCGAGAAGGUUCUGGAACGGGACCAGAAGCUUUCGGAGCUGGACCAGCGGGCGGAUGCUCUGCAACACGGGGCGUCCCAGUUCGAGCAGCAGGCCGGCAAGCUGAAGCGGAAACAGUGGUGGGCCAACAUGAAGAUGAUGAUCAUCAUGGGCAUCAUUGGCGUGGUGCUGCUAAUUAUCAUAAUCCUUUCCAUUGUUUAUUAGUUCCUUCUAGCUCCUUCAUCAUGUUGAAUAUACCUUUAAGAGACGACGCACCGAAAAAAAUGAAAAAUUCAAAUCAAAACACUCCCCCCGUUUCUGUCUAGCUCUUAGGAUACAUUUUGGGAUUCACAUUAUGUAAAAAAAAAACAAAAGUCACAAUAAGCUUCAGGUGUCAUAUCUCAUUCCGGGCAGAAAUUCACGCACAUGAAAAGGUAGCAACGAAAAAAAAUGAUGUAAUGGUGAAACCCAUCAAGGAAAAAUACUGACGCUGUACCAUCGCUUCAUCAGUGUGUGUUGUCCAAAAUUCCGUUUUCCAUCUUCAUCGUUCAUUCAAAAAAAAAUGUUUUUGAUGAUACAAAAUUCUUUCACAAAAAAGAACAAUCAAAAAUUUGAAGGCUUUUCAGCAAACAGAAGCCAGUGUCUCGAAUAAUAACAAAAGAGGUUUGCAAUUUUGGACAGUACCUAUAAAUAGGCAGAGAUAAGCAGAACCAAGCAAUGUUAGUUAAUAAAUGUUACACUGAGUAGAAGCCAAACGUCAGCUUACGCACAAAAACUAAAAAAGAAAACAACAUUCACAUCCGGUGGAUUUCUCUUGCUUCAAAGCUUAAAUAAAAACAGUGGUAUCGAGUUAGAAGGGCUAAAUAGGCCUCUCCUUAUAAAAAAAAAUUAAACACGCGCAAGUAAUAAUAACAUUUACACUUAUCCUUGGAAAUGUAGAUAGGGUCCCGAUCGUCUUCCUUCUUCGUAUCAGGUGGCAAUCCAUUAGCAGAGAAUGUUUAUUCGAUAGAGAGAGAGAGUUUGAGAUAACAGCACCCCAUUGCUAUAUAUUUAGAUUUUUAUGUAAUUGUUAUACAUACAGAAACAAUAAUAUUAAACUUAUUCAAAUAUUAUACACAAUCAACGGAUUAAAAAUAAAAAUUGUGAAAAAAUCA